AUGGGUUCCGCAACGUCAAAGGAGAUGGCGGCGGCGGUCUUGAUACCGUUGCCGUUUGCUCUCAUCAGCAUGCUCCUCCGUUUCUGGAUCAGAUUACGCAAGAAUACCUGGGGAACCGAUGACUGGGCCAUGGUAGCUACUGUUCCCGUCUGGCUGGUCACUACGAUUUCGACCAUAGGCAUGGCCUGGAGUGGCGCCGGACAGCAAGACGACACCCUGACGCCCGAGCAGACGGUAAACACUCUUCGGUGGUUUUACGUCUUUCAAGAGUCAUGGUGCUUUGUACUAGUCACUCUGAAGUGGUCCAUCGGCUUCACCCUUCUCAGAAUCGCCGGCGGUAAGCGUUGGGUGACGGUCCUAAUCUAUUCAUGCCUGGUGCUGGUCACCAUUUGCACCGGUGGCACCGGGAUGUAUCUCUUUUUCGGGUGUGAUCCCGUCCAGAAAAACUGGCACGCGGAGCUUCCGGGCACCUGCCACCCGCGCGAGAUCCAGACGGCGCUCUCCUUCCUCGUUGCGGCCGUCUCCAUCUUGACCGACUGGGUCUUUGCCAUCUUGCCAGCCGUGCUGAUCUGGAAGCUCCAGAUGCCGAGCCGCGUCAAGAUGUCUGUCAUUGGCCUUCUCGGGCUUGGUUUCUUCGCAUCGAUUGCCCCUAUCGUCCGGCUACGGUACCUCCUCCUAAUGAACGACGCAAACCGCCUGAUCCAGAACCUGGGCAUAAUACUCGCCUGGGCCAUCGCCGAGGUCGGCAUCGGCCUGCUGGUCGCGAACCUGCCGGCCUGCCGGCCGCUGCUCGAGCGCGCGCUGUCCCGCCUCACCUCGUUCACCGGCUCCAAGGGCAAGACGCUGGGGCCGACGGCGGACCCCGAGACCGCAGGCAAGGCCAGCUACCUUGAGCUCGGGGAGCAGCUGGGUGGGCGCGGCGGCAGGAAAGGCAGCGGCAGGGCGGUCGGCACGGAGACGGGGACCUCAAACUACGGCGUCGAGACGCGCAUCUACGGCAGGGACGACCUCCGCGGCGGGAGCAUCGAGACCCUGGGGGCUGACGGGGACAGCAUGAGGCGGAUUGUGGCCAAGAGCAGCUCUGGGGCGAUCAGGGUCCAGACAAAGUUUGGGGUUGAGGUUGAGAACGAAGGGAGGGGUGGGUUCUGA